CCAGUUUGAAUCGGCGGGAGCGGUUGGGGCGGGCGGGCAUGGACGGGCCCGGGGGGAGCCUCGAGGCUCAGAUCCGGAAUUACCGGGGGCCMGACCCGCUGGAGCCGUGGGACAGGUACCUGCAGUGGGCUGAGGGAUGUCUCCCGCUCCAAGAGAAGCAGAGCCGCUGGCCCCAGCUCCUGGAGGAGCUGGUGAAGGUGUUCCUGAACGACGGGAGGUACCACCAGGACCCGCGCUUUGUGAAGUACUGCGUCAAGCUGGCAGAGUUCAUCUCUUCCCCUUCCCAGUAUUUUGAAUACAUGCAYGGGCAGGGAAUUGGAGUGAAGACCUCGGAUUUCUACCUGGCCUGGGCCCAGCAGCUCCUGAGAGAAGGCAACGUGCAGGGAGCAGGAGCUGUGCUCCAAAAGGGGCUCCUCAACCAGGCACAACCCCGGGAGAACCUGCAGCAGCUUCACUGCUCCCUGCAGARUUAUGAACCUCAGAAUCCUCCUUUGCCAGAUGCUGCUGUUAUUAAACCACUUCAGACUUCCCAUGCUGCAAAUCAAAUGACUCCCCCAAAAGGUGUUUYAAGUCCUAAUGCCUGCAAAAAUCAGGGCCCCGAUGCUUCUGGUUCCCAAUCCUGUACUGCUGGAAAAGAAGUGAACUACGUGACCUACAUCUCCAAGUCCGAGGUGGUGCCGAAGGCGCUGUCGGGUGCCACGGGGUGCGAGCAGGUCGCGAUGUACGACAAGAACUUGCUCCUGUGUGAAGGCUCUGAGCUGUCCUUUGAGGAGCUGAGGGCCAAGCGAUACUUCAAGAGAUACGAGCUCCUCAGGAGGCAGCAGGAACUGGAGGAAGAGGAGAAGCACUGCCUGAGGAAAAAGGAGUCGGCAGUGCUGGAGCUCCAAGCGCUGCAGCAGAAGCUGGCGCAGCUCACCCAGCUCAGCAGGAGCCUGGAGGAGACGAGGCUGGAGCCGGCAGCUGAGCCCAACCAGAGCGUGGUGCCCACACCUGCGAGGCCCAGCACAUCCCACGCUCCAGGGAAUUGGAUGGUGCCUGCUCCAGGGCWGGAUGUGCCAAUGACCCCAGCUGAGCCACCCCCGUUCCAGGCRCCACCGGCAGCCGCUCCCACCCCGCAGCCAGCGAAGCCCUUCGGUGACCACAUCCCAGCUGUGUCCCCCUGGGAAGCACCGGAGGAGAAGGAGCCAGCCAGAGCUCAGGCAGAGCUUGGGGUGCUCCAGAACAGUUUGUUGCAUCCUCCCUUCAGCGCUGCUCUGCCUCGAAGCGUGGAAGAACUGUCUCCUAACAAGAGAUCCACUGGAUUAACCCCUGCUGUGGAUGUGAAGGAAGCCUCCAGAGCUGGGAAUUCCUCCUUUGCCUCUGGAAAUGCUUCCCAAGCCACCCCCAACACCUCGCUGGGAGGAGUGAUGGGGAUGACAACGCCCUUCAAAGUGCAGCCSUCACCCACGGUCCACACGAAGGAAGCCUUGGGGGUUCUCAUGGAUAUGUUCCAAACACCCUUCCUGCCUGAGCCAUCUCCCCUGGAAGACAGCAAGGAACAAUUUGAGGCCUUUUGCAGGAAAAGUGGGCCUGGUGGGUGUUUGAAAACUAACAUUGUUGUCCCUGCCACGCCUGCWUUUGCCAUCUUUGAGGAUGAGGAGGAGAAGGAGAACAGCAGGAUCCCACAGCACAAGAACAAACCAGAGGAGCCCAGAACUUUUGGAGAACGUCCCUUGACUGACUGUGCAGCAGAAGAAGAAACGGGGCCCACGGAAUUCCUGCGGGAUGAUUACACGGUGUGGAAAGGCCCCGGCAGCAGCAAAGCCCUGGCUCCCAGUCCAGACAGCACCAGGGACUUUGCCCGAGCUGCCCAGCUCAUGUCCACACCCUUUAGUUACCUGGCAGCUCCUUCCCAGCCCCCUUUGRAGGACAGAGCCUGUGGAGAAGAUUUGCCUCAAAUGGUUUUGGAGUUCUCUGGAGAACUGCAGAGGCAGCCAAAGGCUAAGAAGUUAAGCCCUGUUCUUGAACAUGUCCCUGAACACAGAGAGCUAACAGGAAACAUCCUGAAACAAGGGAAAGGAAUCCAGGGAAUUGCUUCCAAACGACUGCAGGAGCAGACGAGCAGAGCUGGAUAUUCCUCCUGCCUUGGGGUGGAUAGAACAUCCCAGGAGCAGCUGUGUGGAGCUGGGCAGGACGAGAUAUUCCAGAGCAAGAGACCUGCAGCCCUCGUGGAGAACCCUUGGGACAAGGAAUUGAUUGGCAAAUUCUUGUCGGAGCUUCCGAAACCACUCCGCAGCUACGCCAACUACUUUGAGUGGAAAUCUCCUCUUCCAUUAAUCAAACUGAAGGCUGAGCUCUCACUGGGUUCCAGCUCAUUCCAUGUGGACUGCUUGGUUGGAGAGGGAGCUUUUGCCCAAGUCUAUCAAGCUUCCAUCCUGGAUGCCAGUAACCCUCGGAACAAUCAGAAAGUGAUAUUCAAGGUCCAGAAACCUGCCAACCCCUGGGAGUUCUACAUUGCCACCCAGCUGCUGGAGAGGCUGAGCCCCAGCGUGCGCCACCUCUACAUCCACAUCUAUUCCGCCCAUUUCUUCCCCAACGGCAGCAUUUUGGUGGGGGAGCUCCACAACUACGGAACGCUGCUCAAUGCCGUCAAUAUUUACAAGAAGCUCCCGGAGAARGUGAUGCCCCAAGCCCUCGUGAUCUACUUUGCCGUCAAAAUCCUUCACAUGGUGGAGGAGCUGCACAGCUGCAAAAUCAUCCACGGGGACAUCAAACCCGACAACUUCAUCCUGGGAGAAAGGUUCCUGGACAAUGACACGUGUGACAUCGACGGGCUCUGCCACGGCCUGACCCUCAUUGACCUGGGCCAGAGCAUUGACAUGAAGCUCUUCCCUGAGGGAACAGCCUUCACUGCCAGGUGUGAAACAUCUGGAUUCCAGUGYGUGGAAAUGCUGACCAACAGACCAUGGAACUACCAGACAGACURCUUUGGGAUUGCAGCCACUGUGUACUGCCUGCUCUUCGGGACCUACAUGCGCCUCAGGGAAGACAAUGGGGUCUGGAAGCCUGAGGGCAACUUCAGGAGGCUUGCCAACGCUGAGCUGUGGAAAGAGUUCUUUGAGAGCUUGCUGAACAUUCCCAGCUGCCACAGCCUCCCUUCCCUCGGAGCCCUGCGCCAGAAGCUGAAGGAUUUAUUUUGCAGGUCCUAUGCAAAGGAAAUCAAGUUCCUUCGGAACAGACUCGUCGUGUUGCUCAUCGAGCACAAACGCUCACGGAAAUAAAGGCUGAGUUUGCCCAGUUUCCAAAGACUUGGGGUUUCACAGAUGGACAAUCUUUUUGUAGUAACUUCGUUUUAAAUAAUAAAUAGUUUGGGGGUCCACCUCAGUGAUGAUGGCUUGCAUCCUUCUGUGCAUUUUGUGGGGAAAAAUAUGCUAAAUGGAGUUGUUAAUCCGUUWGGGARGCAAUGGGUGYGCUUGGGUUGGGCUCUUCCUGCUCCACCUGUCCUUAGGAAUUUCCAGGAGGGGAGAAAUGGAGAUUUGCAGGUCAGAUUUAGAUUGGACUGGACUGAACCCACCCUUGGCACCUCCAGUUCUG